AUGCCGGUGAAAGAAAAACCGGAGAGGGGAUAUAGGAAACUUUACGAAGCACAAACGGUACAAACAGAGCCGUUGGAUUUAUCGAUACGGAAAGUGAGUGAAGAACGAAUACAAUUGCAGAAUUCAUUAAUUAACGAAACGAAUGAGGGACAGACGGAAAGUUUCCCUCAAUCAUCGCAUUUGAGUGCUCAUAAGAAGACGCAUACCAGUGAAAAGUCACACCAAUUGCACGAUAUUCGGGAAAAAGUUCCUUUCAGUCAUAGCAUUUGA